CAACCGUGCAUUGGGCGCCUUGCCAUUCUUGCCAUUCUUGCCAUCAGUUUGUUGACCCUUGUUUCCAAGGUUGUUGGAGAGUUUUUACAUCGGUUGAAAAUGGCUGCUGGAGGCUCUGUCCCCACAGAAGCCGGUUUUGCUGUUGAAGUUAAGACGGACUGCCUGCAUGUCUUGGCACUAACAAACGUAGCCUCACUUCAUGUUGAUUUGUCUAAGCCUUGUGAGACAUGCGAUAACGUUGGUGAGAAUUGGCUUUGCCUCGUGUGUUCGUCUGUUUUCUGCAGUCGUUAUGUCAAUUGCCAUAUGGUGGAACACAACUCCGCAUCAGGACACAUGGUGGUUUUGAGUUUCAGUGAUCUGAGUGUGUGGUGCUAUGGUUGCGACUCAUACAUUGGAUCUCCUCUGCUUCAACCAAUACUAAAAGCUGCUGAACUGGCCAAAGAUAGCAAGUGACGAAUUGAAGGUCUUAAAUCAAGUACACAGAGAGACAUCUGCUGGUUCAGGCUCCAUAAAAUACUCCAGUAAAGCUGAGUGUGUCAUAAUAUGUUUGUUUUGAUUAACAAAAGGAUCAAAAUCCAAUUUCACAAGAGCAUAGUUUAUUAAAUAACCUAUUUAAGUUUUAUUGGUGUGAAAUAAGCUAUAUAAUACAGUUGAAGCUGUCAUGGAAUAAGCAAAUUUGAAAUAAACAGUUUUGGAAACUUUUGAUUAGUGUCCAAAGAGACGGAUUGUGACUUUAACUCCUGGGGUGGGAACUCCCAGAAAAAUCUGGUGGGGGUAUGUGGCCCACUUCCCAAAACCCUUACCAUUUAAAUGACCAAAAUCUGCAAUUUUCCCUACCGUAUUUAUGACUUGUCCAAACGUUUGGUACCCUAUUUAUGGCCUUUGCAGCUGGCACACUUGCUCUAAACAUAAUUUAUGAAGAACUUUUGAUGAUCAAGUCUUCUCAUCAAUAAUGCUGAAAAAGUAGCUUCUUCUAAAGAACAUACAUUUACUUACUUCA